CAUUCAAAAAGGAAAUGACACCCAUAUAGCUGCCACGGGAGGAGCGAAGGGUCAUAGUUUACCCUGUGUCUUUUUACUUAGGAGAAUGUCGUAUAGAAAUUCAAUCUCGUAACUAAAUACUGAAUUUGCAUGACAAAAAAUCCAGCUAUACCUGGAAUCAAAAGCGGUUUUGUAUCAUGUUAGCAUAGUCUGACUGACUGAGCAAACCGUUCAGUGCACCGACCGGGGGGGAGAAACUAAGGUUUAUCCUUGAGGUAAUUCAAAGUUUCUCGGUUUACACCUUUACACUGAGAGGCUUUUGCUUCCCCAUCGACACAUGGAGUCGCUCGGAGCUGUUGGCGCUGUUCUCGGAUGCUCUGCUUGUUGCAUCCCGGUGGUCGCGCUGCUGCUCGCCGCCUACAAACUUGGCUUAUUUUACCAGCUGUUUCACCAGACGGAGACCGAGAGCCCCCGCCAUGGCGGUGAGAGCGUGGCAGAGGUCCUCCGUGCUCACGGGGUCAAGUUCCUCUUCACCCUGGUGGGCGGGCACAUUUCCCCGAUCCUCGUGGCUUGCGAGAAGGUCGGCAUCCGUAUCGUGGACACCAGACACGAAGCCACGGCGGUCUUUGCCGCAGACGCCGUGGCGCGGCUCUCAGGUACUGUGGGGGUAGCAACUGUAACCGCCGGCCCGGGCCUGACGAACACGGUGACGGCGGUAAAGAACGCCCAAAUGGCUGAAUCUCCUGUGCUGCUCUUGGGAGGAGGUGCUGCUACACUACUGCAGGGAAGGGGGGCACUGCAAGACAUCGACCAGAUGUCUCUCUUCAAGCCGCUGUGUAAAUUCUGUGCCUCCAUCAGGACGGUGAGGGAAAUAGUGCCGACUCUCAGAAAAGCCCUGGCCAUUGCCCAGUCAGGAACGCCCGGCCCCGUUUUUGUAGAGUUCCCCAUCGACACCCUGUACCCCUAUCACCUUGUGUCCAAAGAGUUUGCACCGAAAACCCCCCCUAAAGGCCUGAUGGGAAGUAUCAUUUCAUGGUAUCUCCGAAAUCACCUGAAGAACCUCUUUGCUGGAGCCUGGGAGGCCAGAGAUGUCUGUCCUCUUUCUGUCCACGUCCCUCAAGCCACAGAGGAUCAGGUGCAGAAGUGCAUAGAGCUGGUGAGUCGAGCAAAGAAACCCGUCAUUCUUCUGGGCAGCCAGGUGACUCUGCCGCCAUCGCCGUCUGACCAUGUCAGGAAAGCUUUGGAAGAUCUGGGGAUCCCCUGCUUCCUGGGAGGGAUGUCCCGAGGGCUGCUGGGUAAAGACAGCCCCAUCCACAUCCGACAGAACCGCAGAGACGCUCUGAAGGAGGCGGACUUGGUUCUCCUGGCAGGCACCGUGUGCGACUUCCGGCUGAGCUACGGCCGGGUCCUCGGCAGACGCAGUAAGAUCAUCGCGGUCAACAGGGAUCGGUCACAGCUGCUGAAGAACUCCGACAUGUUCUGGAAGCCAACUAUUGCAAUCCAGGGCGAUCCAGGUUCCUUUUUAGUGCAUCUUGCCAAAGGUCUGAAAGGUCACCGCUGUCCAGAGGAAUGGCCUCAGAGCCUGAAAGUCGGCGAUCUGACCAAGGAAAAUGCAAACAGGGCUAAAGCCGACGAGAAGACGGAGCGGCACUUGAACCCAAUCAAAGUCCUCCACUGUGUGGAUGAGCUGAUGGCGGAGGACAGCAUUAUAGUGGCAGACGGGGGCGAUUUUGUUGGAACUGCCGCUUACAUAAUGAGACCAAGAGGACCUUUGCGUUGGCUCGACCCAGGGGCCUUUGGGACUCUGGGGGUUGGAGGAGGUUUUGCCCUGGGGGCAAAGCUUUGUCGGCCUGAAUCGGAGGUGUGGAUAAUCUAUGGCGACGGCUCCCUAGGGUACAGCGUUGCAGAGUUUGACACAUUUACUAGACACAAGACCCCGGUUCUAGCUCUGGUGGGAAACGAUGCCUGUUGGAGUCAGAUAUCCAGGGAGCAGGUUCCCAUCCUGGGUAGUAACGUAGCAUGUGGCCUCGCGUUUACAGAUUAUCAUGUCGUGGCCGAUGGUUACGGUGGAAAAGGCUACCUCGUAGGGCGGGAAGAGGAGAGCCGACUCCGCGACAUCAUCAAGCAGGCUCAAAAGGAGACCAAGGAGGGCAAGGCUACACUUCUCAAUGUUCUGAUAGGAAAGACCAACUUCAGAGAGGGCUCUAUCUCCGUUUAGUGGUUUGCUUUGAUUUUAAGGUUUUAUGGGUAUUUUCAACAAACUGGGACAUAUUUAAACAAAUAAUUGGUACACUAUCUCCUAAUCAGUUUCUUAUCCUUUUAAAGGUUACUUUCAAGCCGACAACCAAAGCUUUCCUAAAGGAAAGAAAAGCAAAGGGGAGAAAAACCUGCAUGACUUAGAAGUCAUAAGCACCUUUACUCAUCUACACUGUGGCCUAUCGGCUUAAAAAGAAACCUUUGUUCUGGGUUUUUUUUGUUCGGGUUUGGGUUUAUGAUAUAACUGCUGCAUUUAAAAAGGGAAGAAAACAUUAUUUUAGCACUUUUGAUUUAUAGGAGGUCUUUCUUUGUCUUUUUCUCUUUUCUGACCUUUAAACUGGGGAUUACAGGUUUUCCAAAUAAGCCAACAACCACGUGUGAAAGAACGGCAUUGAUUUAAGUUAUCACACGUGACCAGUAUGCCUUCUGUACUGCUCUGACGUGGAGCUGUUUACACGUCAAAUGUCGAGGAACUGUAAUUUGCUGCAGAAGUUUGUUGUACUGGAAGUAUUUCUUUAAAUGUCUCCUGCUGAUUAUUGCUCUGCCUUCCGAUGUUUGAUUGUGACUUCAAAUACGUAAAAACCGUGUAUACUGAUUCAAUCAUGGAUUAAAUUAUUAUGAUGUAAGAUUA